AUGAAACACUAUAGAGAUUCUGUUAGUCCAGAAGUUAGAUAAUUCAUUCAAUAAUUCCAGAACUGUUAGAAAGAGUAUAAAAAAGACAAAUAGACUACUACUGAGGAGAGCAAUUCUUCAAUAAUUGAUGAAAGAUAAGAUGAAAUAAAUACUAAGGAAGUGUUCCUAAAAUUACCGAAUGAAGAAGUACAGGAAAAUAGAUAACCUUAUUUAAAAAUAUCAAAGACUCCAACUAUUUAUUCAAACAACAAUUCACUUUCUAGUAUUGAUUAAGAUAGAUAUGUUGACAUCAUAGUGUAAAAAGUUAUUGAAGAAAUUGAAAAGAAAAAUAAUAAUAAUAAUAGUAAAAGAUAACCUAUGUUAAGCAUAUAAUAAAAUACAGUUCAAGUUAAGAUAACUCCUAAAAGUGAUUUUGAUUAUUUUGAUGAUGAUUCAUUCAUUCGUCAGAUGUAUUAUUUAAUAUAUUGAUUAGUCAAUAAACUUUAAUUAAUACACAUUAUACUCCAAAGAAAGUUCAUAAUUUUGAUAGCUUUGAUUAGAGAUAAAAACAAUUCUAAAUUUAACGAGUAUAGAAAUUGCAGAAGUAAAGAGAAGCUCAAUAACUCACCAAAUUAGUAGAUGAAUUCAAGUGUUACUUAAUUAGAACAAGAAAGACUGGAGGACUUUGA